AUGGAGAUUAAGUCGGCCUUGGUGAAAAAUCCAUCCACCAACAAUUGUGAAAAAUCAGGCCGCCGUGUUGCCUUUGAAAUCUCUUCCAACAAGAAUUAUCAAAGUCAUUCUCCCGACCACAACCAUAAUAUUGAAACCUCCGUCGAUGAUUUUGAUACGACACAUUGUCAUCCAUGUUGUUUAGCAUGUUGUGCUUGGUCAUGUCUCGCCGUGUUCAUCUUCGUUGUAAUUUUUCUCUUUUUCGGGAUAUCAUACUUGGCUUUCCUCAAGUCAGGAAUGCCAAAAGUCAAUGUUAGAACAUUCAGCAUCAACAAGUUUCAAGUUAAUUAUAACUCACAAAAAAUGGAUGCAAUCAUAAAUUUAGGUUUAAGAUUCUCAAAUAAGAAUGAAGAGUUCAAACUUUUGUAUGGUCCUCUUUUUGUGGAUGUCAUUAGUGAUGAUGUUCAAUUAGGUAACACAAAACUUAAAGGCUUUUCUCAAAUGCCUCGAAAUGAGACGGAUUUGGAUAUGACAAUGACGACGAAUCACGGAGUUGUUAAUAAUGCUGCUGCAAAUGAUUUAAAAUCGGACAUUAGUGCAUAUGAGACGGUGUUUGAUGUAUAUAUUACUGGAAACAUUGGUGUGCAAAUUGGUGGUUUGCAUAUGAUCAAUGUACCCUUUUUAUCAACUUGUGCACAAAUAAAAAAAAUAGAUGUGGAUUACGGAAGAAAGCCUGAAUGCGAUAUCAAGAUGUUUUCUUUUAGGUAA